AUGGUGGUGAAAGUACCAUCGCAAGUCGGCAGACUGUCUUCUUGUAUCUUCCCUCCUCUGCGGGCUUCACCCACCGGAGGCUCCAGAAGGGACCGCCGGGGGUGCGAGGAUACGCCUCCCCUUACUGGGAUUAAGCUGUUGCCCGUGGUGACUCCCAAAGGAGACGAUACCCCCAGGAGGGCCUCUGUUCACGUGGUGGUGAACACAGAGUACGCGGGGAGCAGCAACAGUGAGCAGGAUGGGGUGCCCUCAAACGGAUUAGACGAGCUACAGGGCCGCGGGAGAGAUGACAGCUACUACGUGCACCUCCGACAGCCCCAUCACCGUCACCCACCGGGAGCCUACGGCAACACGGAAGGCUCACAGCGGAGAGAGUUGCACCCCGCAGCUGCUCCUAGCGCUGCUCCCCUCACAGCUGUGCGGUGGACUCGCCCCUCUCAGGAAUCACAAGCAACAGCAGCAGGAACGAGGGGGAGUGCGAUACCCUCAGGCCCAACAGAAUCAUACGCAAGCAAGGCAGCUACAGGAUCAGCAGUCCCACCACCAGCUUCGAGAACAACUCCUACCAUUCCAGGAAAGACAGUAAUUUCAACUAUCUCCGCGUGCAGCUGGUCAGAUCCGCCUACUGUGAGAGCCUGUCCCAUUCAAAAGUACCUCGCCCACACGCAACACAGAGACCUCGGGGCGCUGUGCUUGGGGCCUGCGGCGAGCGCAGCGGAGGAGGAGGAGGAGCGGUUGGUGCGGUGUCUCUCGGGGUGCCACACCCGCCGGCCUGAGGGGGACCCUAACUUCUGUGCAGUGGACCACAAGCACGGCAAGCAUGGAGAGGGGGCUUAUCGAGAUGCUCCUCGUUACGUUGCAAUGAGUGACUGUCUAGGAGAAUACCCGGAAAUCAUUGUACAAAUAUUGAGGGGCCCGUUGGGUCGGAGACACCCGGAGGUCGAUUUGUUGCGGCUGCAAAAGGAGGCCAAGGCACCGAAAAAAACAGAAGAGCCAGCUCGCACGGACUUGUGUUUGUGGAUCGGGGCCUUCAGCAUCCCGCGGGACGAUAAACGCUACAGAGGUGGUGAAGAUGCCUGGUUUUUAGACGCCUCUAAGAAUGCGUUUGGAGUGGCAGACGGGGUGUCUGAGUGGGAGGAUUUGGCUGGAAUAAACCCUCAAGAAUAUGCGCAAGACCUUAUGCAGGGCACGCAAGACGCCCUCGGCGCCAUCCAAAAAGAGCAGCAAUGCAAAAAGGGAAAGGCGAGCGACAAAAAACGAAACGGAGGAAAUGAGACGGAAGCAGAAGAAGACACAGAGAAGACCACCAACAACCCCGCAGAGCUGGCGAAAGAAGCAUUGACAAGGGCUUACCACAAGGCCCGCAACUUCGGCAGUCUGGCUAACUUGGGCGACAGCAGCAGUUUGGUGUUGCGACGUCCCCGCGUCCGGGGUUCUUUGAGUCAGCUGAGCUUGGUGAAGAAAGUAAAGGAAAUGCAGCACGGAUUCAAUGUACCCUUUCAGUUCGCUCACCUUCCAGGUCCGGAGGAGUGGGACGGCUUGUUGCAGAAGGGUUUGACUCGGCUUGUGGGCAUAGCGAAGCAGGAGUACGGGCAGGGCCAUGGGGGGCGCAUCGGCGACGAGCCAUCUGCAAUUCAAUCCACAAGUGUUCCUGUUCAAGAUGGAGAUCUGAUUAUCCUGGGAACAGACGGACUUUUCGACAAUGUCUUUGACUUCGAAGUCCUUGCGCUCACGGCGCAAACUUUGCUCGAGGACGCUUCAUUAGCAACUCCCCCAGAAGAUGUUGCACGGGCCUUGGCCCUCGCAGCAUACUGGAGGUCUCUUGACAAGUAUGCGCAGACGCCGUUCUCGAAGGAGGCUCGGCGCUGCCAGAACAAACAGUCGCUCACUGUACAGACACCCGAAGGCACGGAGGGGGCCUCGCAGGCAUCCCCAGCGCAUGCAAUGUUUUUGGCGGGGCUCCUUAGCGGUGGGAAAGAAGACGAUAUCACCGUCGCAGCCGCGUGGGUGUGCCGCAAAGAUAGAUGCGUAUAUACAUCGGAUGAGGGCGUAGACACUGGAGCAGAUAAGCCCUCCCAGACACAGCCAGCGCAGUCACCCUCUUUACACCAGCAGCAACGGCGAACGAGGGAGGCAGCAGCACCUAGCAAGCGGAGGGACAAGGUUCAGAAAGAUGCCCGUGGAGACAACGAAAAUAGAAGACAGGAAGAUGAGAGAGAACGCAGCAAGUAA